UAGGAAAAGGCAACUACAAUUAAGGAAGCAUUACUGAAAUGGCAGGAAAUAAACAAACAGCCGCUCGCAGAAGCUACAUAUGUCGGCUUGCAAUUCCAAUGGCCACCAAUUGAAAAAAUGGAUGCUAGCCUAUCAGUUUUAAAAAAUUGCGAAAAAUUAUCAUUGAGCACCAAUUGUAUUGAAAAAAUUAAUGGUCUCGACGCUUUAAAAAACUUAAAAAUAUUAUCAUUGUCACGGAAUAACUUAAAAAAUUUCAAUGGAAUAGAAAAAUUGGCUGAUACUUUAGAAGAAUUAUGGAUAUCGUAUAAUUAUAUUGAAAAAACAAAAGGUAUUUUAGGAAUGAAGAAACUGAAAGUAUUAUAUAUGAGUAAUAAUACAAUCGAUAGUUGGAGUGAGGUGCAAAAACUUUUAAAAUUGGAAAAUCUCCAUGAAUUAAUAUUGACCGGCAAUCCCAUACAAGAGUCUAUGGAAGAAAACGAUUGGCGUACUGAAUGCAUUAAGAGACUGACGCAAAUAUCGAUUUUGGACGGAAUUCCUAUUAUAAGAGAAUAA